AUGCCAAUGGCCGAUAUCCACCACAGCUGGUCGUCCACGCCGUGGCAGCGGCAGCAUCACCUUGCAGUGCCCAUGUUGCACAAGUCUCGCGUCCCCUACACCCGUCCGUCCAACAGCCUCCAGCACGUCCAUGUCUGGGUCCCGACCAAGUAUGCACCGGACGAACCCAGAGCGCCCUCGCCGUCGUGGCUCCCUCCCCCCGACACCACGCUCUGGAUCGUCUACAUCCACGGCGGCGCGUGGCGAGAUCCGCUCGAUACGGCCGACAACCUGGCGCCCGCGCUGAAGAGCCUCUCCCCGGCCUGGCUCGCCUCCCGCGAGGCCCCCGUCGCCUUCGCCUCGGUCAGCUACUCGCUGUCGCCGUACCCGCAGCACGCGACGCACCCGAGCGCGCCGUCCGACCCGAGCCGCAAUGCCACGCACCCCAGGCACAUCCUCGACGUGCUUUCCGCCAUCGCCUACCUCCAGAGCGCCGCCGGCUUCGGGAGCAACUACAUCCUGGCGGGGCACAGCUGCGGCGCCACGCUGGCGUUCCAGGCCGUCGUGAACCCGGCGAGAUGGGGAGUCGACCCGGACAGGGCGCCCGUCCAGGCGCCCCGGGUGGUCGUCGGCCUCAACGGGCUCUACGACAUGCCCAAGAUGGUGGCGCGCCCGGGCCAUGGCUACCGCCAGCACCGCGAGGUCUACGAGCAGUUCACGAGGGGCGCCUUUGGCGACGACGAGCGCGUCUGGAGGGCCGUCAGCCCCGUCUACAUAGAGGACUGGGCGCGGGAGUGGCCCGGCGGGAGACACGCGCUGCUCGUGCAGAGCCGCGAGGACACGCUGGUUCCGUUCUCAGAGGCCGAGGCGCUGGAGGCCAGCUUGUUGAAGUCCAAGGGCGAGCGGCUGAGCGUCGAGCUGGUCGAAGGGCGCGGCGACCACUAUGACAUCUGGAAGCAGGGCACGUUGUUGGCGGAGAUGCUGACGCGAGCUAUUGACGUGUCGGGACUGUAA